GUUGCGAUGAGGAACCAGCCCUCUUGGGCCCCUGUUAGCUGAUAUAUUCAUGCCGAAAUUGGAAAAACAAAUGCAAGGUGUGCUUGGAGAAUUUAUGCCGUAUAAACGCCGUUAUGUAGAUGAUACUCUCAUUAUUGGUAAUAUUAGUAAAUCUAUUGAAAACUAUAUUACCCUAUUUAAACAUAUUCAUCCAAAUAUCCGAGUGACUUCUGAACUCGAAUCGAACAAUAAACUCGGUUUCCUAGAUAUUACAAUGAGCAGAAGAGAUGAUGGAACGAUUCAGCGAUCCAUGUUUCGUAAACAGACAUGGAGUGGACAAUAUCUUCACCAGUUUUGUUCCCACCCAGUAUAAACGUUCCCUAGUGAA